AUGGACAGGUUUGUGAGGGGGCUCCCAACUAAACGUAGAGCAGAGGAUGAGUCUUCACCAACUCAAAGCACAACUUCCAAAGCAAAGACAAGAAAAUAUGACGAGGCAUAUAUCGCCCUCGGCUUUACCAGUACAACAGUGGGAAACAAGGAGAGACCACAGUGUGUUAUGUGUCUGAAAAUACUAGCCUCUGACAGUUUGAAACCUAACAAGUUGAGACGCCACUUGGAGACAAAACAUCCAGAGCACAAAGAUAAGCCAGUUGAUUUCUUCAAAAAAAAACUCAUCAACUGUCGUGCACAACAGAGUCGCUUUACUAAAGCUGCAUCUGUCCCUUCAAAUGCUCAACUGGUCUCAUAUAAAGUUGCCUACCGAGUUGCACAGUGUAAAAAGCCGCACACUAUAGCCGAGGAACUGAUACUUCCCUCUGCUAUCGAUAUGGUUUCAACUAUGAUUGAUGAAGCAACAGCCAGCAAGCUAAAGGCAGUUCCUCUGUCAAACAAUACUAUCGCAAGGCGCAUUUAUGAUCUGUCAAAGGACAUAGAGGAGCAGCUUCAUGACAAGGUACGAGAAAGCCGGCGCUUUGCUCUGCAGAUGGAUGAAGGGACAGACCCUACCAAAGACUGUUUACUGAUCACGUACGUCAGAUUCAUUGAUGCCGAUGAUUUGAAGGAGGAUCUGCUUUUCUGCAAACCACUCGCUACUAGAGCCACUGCAGACGAACUGUUCAAAGUCAUGGACACUUACAUGAAAGAGGCCGAUCUGAAAUGGGAGCACUGUGUGGGGAUCUGCACAGAUGGUACUCAGGCAAUGGCCGGGAAACGAGGUGGUCUCCAGGCUCUCAUCAAGCGCGUUUCCCCCAGUGUACAGUGGACACACUGUAUGAUACACAGAGAAGCUCUGGCGUCUAAACAGCUGAGUCCAGAGUUGAACGACGUCAUGACGGACAUCAUUGCCACAGUAAACUACAUCAAAACACGACCCGUCAAAGCCCGGAUUUUUUCUGCUCUGUGUGAGGAGAUGGGCUCCCACCACACAGCUGUUUUGUGUCACAGUGAGGCCCGAUGGCUGUCACGUGGGAAGGUUUUAUCCAGGAUCUUUGAACUGCGAGAUGAGAUACGCACCUUUUUGGAGGAGGAAGGUAACGAACUUGCCCUCAAGUUUAAUAACAACAAAUUCCUCAUGAAAGUUGCGUACCUCAGUGACAUGUUUCAGAAACUCAAUGAACUAAAUCUGCAGAUGCAAGGCACCAACACAUACCUUCCACAUCUAGCAGAUAAAAUCAGUUCAUUCACAAGAAAACUGGAAAUGUGGGAGCAGCGAGUUCAGGAGGGAAAUAUAGACUCAUUUGAGAACCUGAAAUCAUUCAUUGAGGUCAACAAGCUUGAGAACACAGUGAUCCCAUGCAUGAACGCUCACAUCUCUGCCCUACAAAAACAUUUCCAGAGGUAUCUCCCAGUGCAGGAUCCCAAACUAUACGACUGGAUCCGAGACCCCUUCAGUGCAACACCACCUGCAGACUUCAGCCCUGCUGAGGAGGAGCAGUUCAUUGAUGUCACCUCUGAUUCAACACUGAGGCUGCAGUUUCAGUCUAAGACACUGGCUACAUUUUGGAUCGGAGUGGAGAAGGAUUACCCACUGCUCGGUGGGAGGGCUGUGGCCACUCUCCUUCCUUUUGCCACAUCCUACCUUUUUCCAGACGGUGUUUCUGAUCUGAAUGCGACUGUUCUAGAGAAUAAUGUGAUUAAAGUAACCUGUGGUCAUUCAGAACGCUUUCAUGGACCUCAGAACAUAUACAGAGCACAACUUCAUUAUGGCAGUGACACACUGAUUUACAAAGAAAAUACAGAGUGCGAGUUUGAAUUCAAAGAUCUGAGCUACUCUACAUCCUACACAGUGGAGGUGACUGCUUUUAAUGGAGAAUACGAGAGCAAACCCAACACAGUAGAUGUUGCCACUCUGUAUAACGACAGAGCUGUCAUUGGUUUUUUGGUCUUCAUCAUCACAUUUUCUGCAGUGGCUGUGGUGCUCUACAAGAUUUACAUUAAGAAGCGCAGAACGUCCAGAAAGUAA